AGGAUGACAGGCAGCCAUUCCAAAGGCGCGCGCGCUCAAUACCCGUCACCACAGCAGCUGCCGUCAGAGGGUCCCCUCGUGUACUUUUAAAGGACUUCUGCGUUCACACAGAGACAGAAACCAUGUCGUACUCCACGUUUGUCGCAUCUCUCGCGCGGGCAAACUCCAGGAACCUAAGGAACUUUGCCGUUCCACCUGCAAGAUGUCGGUCGACGGUCGCAUCCCCGAAACGACAGGAAGAGAAGGAGCGGAUGGAGGAGUGCCCCGUGGUGGAGGCUCAGCCGGUCGAGCUGAUCAGCCAGACGAAAAAUGUCCCAAACGCGCAGGCGAAGAGCAUUCACAUCGACUUCGACAACACACAGGAAGCCUACAAAAGCAAGAAGAACAUCGAAUUGCUCAGGAGCCUGCUGGUCUUCAAGCUCUGCACCUUUGAUGUUCUGGUUGAGAGAAACAAGGAGUUGAUGGCGCUGAGUAAGAAGCUGCUGGGUCAGCGCAUGUUCGAGAAGCUCAUGAAGAUGACCUUCUACGGGCAGUUUGUGGCCGGUGAGGACCACAACGCCAUCAAGCCUCUGAUCCAGAAGAACCAGGCGUUUGGCGUGGGGGCCGUGCUGGAUUACAGCGUAGAGGAAGACCUGACCCAGGAGGAGGCUGAGAAAAAGGAAAUGGAUUCCUGUGUUUCUGAGGCGGAAAAAGAAAGCCCAGGUGCUGAUCACCGUGAGAAGAAAUACAAAGCUCACCGUCAGUUUGGAGACAGACGAGGCGGAGUUAUCAGCGCUCGGACCUACUUUUAUGCAGAUGAAGCAAAAUGUGACAAGCAGAUGGAGACCUUCAUUAACUGCAUUAAAGCUUCCAGUGGUGCUUCCAAUGAUGGGUUUUCUGCGAUCAAGCUUACGGCUCUCGGACGGCCACAAUUUCUUCUCCAGUUUUCAGAGGUUCUGGUUAAAUGGAGGCAAUUCUUUAACUACCUUGCAGCACAACAGGGAAAAUCUGACAUGUGUGUUUUGGAGCAAAAGCUGGAACUGGAGCAGCUGAAGGAAAACUUGGCUCAACUUGGCGUUGGAGCCAAAGACGACAUUGAAAACUGGUUUACGGGGGAGAAGCUGGGCCUGUCGGGAGCUAUUGAUCUGCUGGACUGGAACAGCUUGAUAAAUGACACAACAAAAAUCUCCAACCUUCUUAUGAUACCAAAUCUUGAGACCGGCCACCUGGAGCCUUUGCUGAACAAGUUCACUGCUGAGGAGGAGAGUCAGAUGAAGAGAAUGCUGCAGAGAGUAGACGUUCUGGCAAAGCAUGCUGUGGCGAAUGGAGUGCGGUUAAUGGUGGAUGCAGAACAGACGUACUUCCAGCCGGCUAUUAGUCGGCUGACGCUGGAGAUGCAGCGGAAAUUCAACCGGGAAAAGCCGGUGAUUUUCAACACCUACCAAUGCUACCUAAAGGAAGCCUACAACAACGUCACUCUGGAUGUGGAGCUGUCUCGGAGGGAAGGCUGGUAUUUCGGUGCAAAACUGGUCCGUGGAGCUUACAUGUACCAAGAGCGAGCCAGGGCACAGGAAAUUGGCUACGAAGAUCCAAUAAACCCAGACUAUGAAGCUACUAACAGGAUGUAUCACAAGUGUUUGGAUUAUGUGCUGGAAGAGAUUGAGCACAACAGGAAGGCUAAUGUCAUGGUGGCAACGCACAAUGAGGACACAGUGAAGUUCACUCUGGAAAAGAUGAAUGAAAUGGCCCUCUCCCCCACCGAGAAUAAAGUUUACUUUGGACAGCUGCUCGGGAUGUGUGACCAGAUCAGCUUCCCGCUAGGUCAAGCGGGUUUUCCUGUGUACAAGUACGUCCCAUACGGCCCCGUCAAUGAGGUGAUCCCGUACCUGUCCCGGCGUGCUCAAGAGAACCGCGGCUUCAUGAAGGGAUCUCAGCGAGAGCGCAGCCUGCUGUGGAAGGAGGUGAAGCGCAGGCUGCUCUCCGGACAGGUCCUCUAUAAGCCUGUUUACUGAAGGACAAGCUCGGGACGUACCGACAAUCUGCAUUCCACCAUAUGAUGUGUACCAUUAGCUGCUGUUUGUACACUAAGGGUAGCGACUGAGAGGAGACACAGGACUGCUUUAUGGGAAGAGACUAGUUUGGCUUUUUACAAAGCUGCUCCAGCAAAACACCCAUCAAUUUACAGUGAAAUAUUUCAAUAGGAGUCUAAUUUGUUCAUUUUAAUUAGUCAAUAAUACAAAUCAGAUAAAUAAAAGCUUCUAUUUAAUAGGCAUACUUUUAAUGUCUUCACUCUAUGGGGUGGAACAGGUGAAAAGGUUUCUUGCAAAAGUCCAAAAAGUGGUUUAAUAGAGAUAUUAGAUUUUUUUGACAGGGUUAGUUUAGUUGUUUUUAGUUUUAAUAUGCAGAGAGUUCGCUGCUCCCUAAAGUGCCUUCUUGAUAUUUAACUGUUUUUGUGAAAACAAUCACUUGUUUAUUAGGUUGGGUUUUCAUUUUUUUCUGCAUAAACAGCACUCCAAUGUCCUUGUACAUUUUUCAUUAGGAUGGAAAUUGCUCGUUUAAGAUUCACUCAUUUUUAUCCGUAGAGACACGUUUGUCAGUGUUUUGAAUGCAUCUUCUCGAUAUGUCACAUAAAGACGUCAAUUAAUGUUUGUUUUAGAUUUUAAAGUAUUUUGUGUAGUUCGACUUAUUUCUUUUUAAGAAUGACCAUUUCCAAUAAACGUGCACAUUUGAAAAACUGAAGCCCCAAAUGAUUUACUUUUAAAGUGCCAAUGUUUUUGCACAUUACUGAGUUAAUGAACUGUAAACUUUGGAACUGCUCAAUUAGCUGUACCUGUAGUGUAUUUUCUUUUUUCUUUUCUUGGAAAGAAUCAACUGGAGCAAUUUCGAUGAAUCCAUUUCAGGAAGCAUUAACGCUCCAUUUCUUGGCACGUGCUGGAUGGAGCUACAGCUGCAGUAUUCUGUGAAUUCCAGAACGCCCUCCAGUUACCAAAACCAACCAUUCAAAUCACGCAAGUGAGUUUCUUGGAAGCGUGACCUGAGCCUCUCUGAAUGUAGCAUUUUGUUCCAGUGCAGGUGAAACAGUCAGUGGCUUUGCUUUUGAGGUGUCUCCUGGUAUGGGUGUGUCUGAUCUGUUGUUUGACAAACUCCUUUCUAAUGUGGAAGUUGUGCCAUGAAUGGCUGGUUUAACUGAAUGGGAUCAAAAAAUGGGAUCUGGGGAAAUUUUUGUGCUAAAAUCCCAAAGGUGGUGUUAUGUUCCUUGCAGCAUUUAAGGCCUUGUUUAAAAGAAAAGUGUUCUUUUUGUAGAUAAUCUAAUAAAAGAUGUAUAAAAACCCUG